AUGUCAGUAGUGCCUUCCAAAUCACCCGAGUACAUCUCAAUCGCACCCCUCCUCAGAAUCCUGUCCCGCCAACCACCCAACAACGAUGUCCCCGCCGCCGACAUCGCCCUCGCCUGGUCCCGCACCUUCGAGAACCGCCUGAACCCAACCCAACUCGCCUCCCUCCUCACCCUUCUACACUCAACCGGCAAAGACAAACACCCCGAGGUGAUAGCAAAAUGCGCCGAAGCAAUGCGCGACGCAUCCAGCCCCGUCAACUCCAAAGCCCUACGCCAGGUAAUCGGGAAGCGAAAACGUGGGACGGGCAGCUACCGCGGCGGGCUGUGCGAUAUCGUCGGCACCGGUGGUGACGGCCACUCGACAUUCAAUAUCUCGACCGCCUCUUCCAUCGUCGCCAGUCCCAUUCUGAUGACUGCUAAACAUGGGAAUCGCGCGCAGACGAGUAUGAGUGGGAGUGCGGAUGUGUUAAUGGCGAUUCAACCUACCCCACCCAAAAUCGACGCCCUGACGGCGGAGACGCUGCCAAAGCUGUAUGAGACGACGAACUAUGCGUUUCUCUUCGCGCCCAAUUUCCACCCGGGCAUGAAAUACGCCGCGACCGUGCGCAGGGAGUUGGGCCUGCGGACUAUUUUCAAUUUGAUGGGUCCCCUCGCGAAUCCAGUGGAAGAGCACAUCGAAGCGCGCAUUGUGGGAGUCGCGUACCAGGAGUUGGGGCCUAUCUUCGCGAGGGCAUUGCAGUUGAGUGGGGCGAACAAGGCUAUGGUUAUUUGUGGGCAUGAGGAUCUGGACGAGAUUAGUUGUGCGGGGCCUACGAAUUGUUGGUUUCUCAGGGAGAGGCCGAAUCCGAAGUAUCGGCCUGAGAGUGUGAGUAGUAUGGAUACCGCCGACGACGACGAUGAUGAGGACGAGGAUCGCUUUCGCGAGCGAGAGUAUAUUUCUGAGCUCGAGACAUUCACUCUUGAGCCAAAAGACUUUGGGUUAAGCAGGCACCCGCUCAGCGAAGUUGGUGGUGGGCGUCUGCCGAAACAGAACGCGAAUGUGCUGAUGUCGCUCCUGCGCAACGAAUUACCAGCCAACCACCCCAUAUUGGAGUUUGUGCUCAUGAACGUGGCGGCAUUGUUGGUCGUGAGCGGCGUAUGUGAUGCAGACGAGUGCGAGUUUGGGAGUGGGGAGGUGAUCAUGGAGACUGGGCCCGCUGGGUGUAGGUGGAAGGAAGGGGUGAAGAAGGCGCGCUGGUGUAUUGAGAGCGGGAAGGCGUUGGGAGAGUUGGAGGGGUUCAUUGAGUUUACGAAUCGGUUAUAG